AUGGUCCUGGUGAAGGUGUGGCAGUUUGGAUGGGAUCAGAUGGAGGAGCUCAUGAAUUCUUCUGAGUUUCUCACCCUGACUGCUGACGAGCUUAGUGAGCUUCUCAGUGCAGACGAGCUCAACGUAAAACAGGAGGAGGUAGUUUUUGAAGCAAUCGAUCGCUGGAUUCGAAACGACCCAGAGUCAAGACGUCAUAACCUUGCUCAACUCCUGAGAUCCAUCCGCUUUGCCCUUUUGUCUGGGGAAUUCUACAAUCAGCGAAUCAAAAACUACCCUUACAACACCGAGGAGAGUCUAGACUUGCUGCUGACGAUUGACACUCUGUUCGACAGUGAAAACGACUCGUUUUACUUCUACUGCCAUCACAGGCCGAGGAUACCAAACGAGGUUGUCUUCACCAUUGGCGGUUGGUCGGACGGAUAUCCUACAGAUGCUAUUGAAACGUAUGACAAAAGAUCAGACAGUUGGUACUUGUCGCACAUGAAGGACCAGAAGAUCAGGGCGUACCACGGUGUGGUCGUGUUGGACAAACUGAUCUACAUCAUCGGGGGGUUCAACGGUUCCGAGUACUUCAGCACGAUGCACUGCUACGACCCGGUCACAUACAAGUGGACUGAGAAGGCAUGCAUGCACGAUGUACGCUGUUACAUAAGCGUGGCUACUCUUGGUGGUGAGAUCUACGCCAUCGGAGGGUACAACGGCCGCACUAGGCUAAACACUGCGGAGAAAUACAACCCAUUGAUCAAUCAGUGGACCAUGAUAGCACCCCUGAACAAGAUCAGAUCCGAUGCCAGCGCCGCUUCUCUGUUCGGGAAGAUUUACGUGGCUGGAGGGUUUGAUGGAGGCGAGGUGAUGCGCUCAGCGGAAGUCUACACUCCGGAAAGCGACAGCUGGCUCUUCGUAGACUACAUGACAGUGCCUCGGUCAGGUGUUAAUCUCAUCUCUCACGGAAGCUAUAUCUACGCUCUCGGGGGAUACGAUGGAGUUAACAGACUUUACUCAUGUGAACGUUACAACCCGGUCUACAACAGAUGGGACCAGAUAGCAGACAUGCAGAAUCCGAGAAGUAACCUGUCCAGUGUCAUAGUGGACAAUUCAAUUCUUGUCAUCGGUGGCUUUGAUGGUACCUCCACAGUGGCUUGUACGGAGUUUUACAACCAGGAGGAAGACAAGUGGUUUGAAAGCGCGUCUAUGAACAUCAACAAAUCGGCGCUAGCAGCGUGCGUGGUCCGAGGUCUGCCCAACGCAAAGAGCUACACAUUCCUGGGUAUCGGAGUCGACCCUGCAGUGGAGUCAGCCGGUGGAUCAAAAUGUGACUAAGGAGCUGCUUUUCCCAAAAAAAGACUAAAAAUUCCUCCCAAUAUACAUCAUUGUUUGUGAUAUAUUUAAUUUAAAUUCCAUAGCAAAUAAGUACUUCUGUAAGUGCUGUAGACAAAAACAUCAUUUUCCCCAAAUGUUAUAGUAGUUCAAAAUUAUUCUUAUUAGUAGACAUCAGUAGAAAUUAUGUAUACUGUUAAUAUAAUUAAUAUAAGAAAUUUAAAAUCUGUAAAAAAUAGAAUUUCUACACUUGUAUACUAGUAAUAUUUUAAUGAAAUA